CCACACGUCCAUAUCGUUGUCUCUAGAGCGCUCGCGACCGCUCCUGUGAAGGUCGGCAACCGGACGCUCUCUGCUAUACGUCAGCCUUGCUUUUUGUCGAGCUCUUAUCGAGCGCAUUGUUCGCGUGGUCCUGAUGACACAGCAUCACUUGAUCAGGCUCUUCGCCUUGUUCUUCCGGAAGAGUCGACGCCCAUAAAUCAUGAAUCUGGACCGAAGAAAAUCCCUCAUAGAUCCUACAUACUUUUAUUACCUAUAUUGUUCUUCUCAAGACAUCUACCUUCGCAUGUUGAGAAUCAUGCAACCUCGUCGAGGUGCUUGUGUAGGAAUCUCGUGAGAAAAGCACGGGAUUCUAACCAGAUGGCUCGCAAACUGUGCUAAUCAUGUCUUCUGGCCCUGUUGCAGCAUUUGGCUGUAUCGUCAGAAUGCCGUCCUCGCACGGUGGGAGAAGAUCUUCAAACACCCCCGCUCACGAUCCGGAAAUGAUUAACCAUGAUGAUUUUCCGAACUACAAGCUAUAUACUACUGAAUUCCCGGAGUCAAAGCGCGCUUAACGAUGAAGCAAUCCUGCUUAGCAUCAGGCUCAAACCUAGCGAUCAACACCGACCAUGCCUGUUGAGCCAUAUCUCCUCUGGGUAAACUCAAAGCCUGUCAAGUGCCCCGUCGACCUCUUCGAAAAGUGGUACACGACAGAACACGUACCUGAUUUGGUCAAGUCAGGAGCUGCCACGCGAGCAAUAUUCUAUCGCGAGACGCUAGACUUUCCUGGCUCAACUAGGCAACACCACGAAAGGCAAUGGCUGGGCGUCGAUCAGGAGCAACCAUUGGAGCCUUUGCCGUAUCUCGCAUCGUACCGGACGAAGUACAAGGAGGCUUUGAAGAGCAAAGAGUACCUCAAGAUUCCCGUCGUCAGCGACAUGUUGCCUUGGGAGUCAAAAUUGCACGCUGAGAGCGGGCUUUUCGAUGCCAGAAACUGGGAGUUGAUCCAGGACUACGACCCAGACAGCGUCGGAGAGGUCCCCCCCAAGUUCAUCGUGACCGUCGAAUGUGAGCCCUCGGACGAAGAUGACUACAACGCCUGGUACGAACAAGAACACCUAGACAUUCUCCACAAAAUACCGGGAUAUCGACGCUCCCAACGCUACAGGCUAGGCCCGCGUGUGGACGGGGUAACCAGAGGACAACCACCGAACUAUGUCGCUAUACAUGAGACCGAUGAUAUCCAGCAAUUCUUUCAAGGACCGGAAUUCGAUGCAGCGUGGAGUGAGUGGACGAAGCGCGUUGUGAGCAAUGCGAAAGUUUUUGUAGUGAGAGCGUGGGAGACUUUGCAUCCUGAAGGAUAUUGACCUAAAAGUAUGACCACGAGCAUCGCUGAGAUCGUUGAUUGAAAGAUUUUCGGUCUCCGUUAUUACUUAAUAUGGUAAAAUCGGGAAAGCUGAUUAAUGCCACGCUCGGUUGACAUUCAGCCAGCAAGCGCUGAUGGAGUUGCUCAACCGUGCCAAGCAGCUAGAGAGUACAUACACCCUCAAUCAUAAAG